UACAUUUCCUUUGCAAAAGCUGUAUCAUGCUAUAGACUCCAAGCCGCCUAAUUUUUUCUUAUUGUUAAAUAAAUAAAAUUAGACAUAUUUUGACCAGUUUUGUUACGACUGUAGAGAAAUUAGACUAUGUGGGCAAUAAUUUAUAUUCUAUAUAUGUGCAACAACUUUGUCUUGUAUUUAUUUGGGUUCUGCCACUCAGAUGCUCUUCCUAACUUAUGUCUGAAAUCGUGGAUCUGUCGCAUUUCGCCAUUAUAGAUACAAUUCUACAAAACACUCAUGUCAGCCUGUAUCUGUGCGCUGGAACAGAUAUUUAUCACUGAUCACAUGUCAAGGACAUAUGGUGUCAUUUGCAAGAUCCAGUUACCUGCCUAAAUACCCAAAUGGACCGUAAUGGCAUGUCAGCGUAGAGCACAUGAUGGACCAUCCUGGACAGCCGUGGGGAAACUCGAGAUCCCCACCUGUCCCGUGACCGCAUAUGGCACAUCGCCAACCCGCCCUCUGAGCUUUCUGCAGAGAUGACUACUCCUCCAAACCCCCACCCCACCCACACGCGUGCUUCAUCCCCUUCUACAUCACCUCGCCGACAGGCCUGAGCAGAAACUGUUUUCAACCGGCCCUGCACAUCUGGAUUUUGUUUUUCGACAUCUGCACGCAUUCAGCACAGGGAUCUUUCGCAUCACACGACCGAUUUGGAUCUGUAAAGUGUCAGGAUUGAGGCUAGAGGAGCCUGACCGGCCACUGAAUUCCCGCCCUGUUGGACUGCUGCGGUACCGAUCCGGUGUGGAUGCUGAUGCGGGAAACGGAAGUGAACGCGCCUGUCCUCCGGCAGACUUAUUUACAGAAGUAAAGACUGAAAUGACGGAUUGCCUCUCCGUCAGCUGACCGGAAUGAUUUUUCCGGAAUGGAUGCCAGAUGUAGCUGAUUCCUACAGGAGGAACUGUGUUCCGGACGUGUUGCGGAGUCUUUGUGCGGAAUCCGGUGUGAUCCAUUCGGGCAUGUCAGGAUUACACGGAUGUUUAUGUAGGUAAAUAAGAGCAUCAGCCAGCUGGAGACGUGUUCAUCACAAUUUGACUAAAAAAAAGAAUUGCUGGAAUGGCUGAAAAACCCGUAGAGCCAGGGUCGGUCUCCAUCCCCAUGGACCAAAUGACCAAGCGGACAGGAGGAGCCCCUCCGGAUGCACCUAUUUUGACUCACCUGAAGAAAGUGGAGAACCAUAUCACAGAUGCACAGAGGUUCUCACACCUGCCCCGGCGUUCGGCUGUAAACCUGGAGUUUACAGAGCUUUCCUACACUAUUCAUGAGGGCCCCUGCUGGAGGAGGAGAGGUUGUAAGGCACUCCUGAAGUGUUUGUCUGGGAAGUUUUGCAGCCGAGAGCUCACUGGGAUUAUGGGGCCUUCUGGGGCUGGCAAGUCCACCCUCAUGAAUAUUCUUGCUGGGUACAGAGAGACUGGUAUGGAGGGUCAGAUCAUGGUAAAUGGGAGACCACGUGACCUCCGCACCUUCAGGAAGAUGUCCUGUUACAUUAUGCAGGAUGACAUGCUGCUGCCACACCUCACCACACGUGAGGCCAUGAUGGUUUCAGCUAACCUUAAGCUUAAUGAGAACAUGGAAGUAAAGAAAGAACUGGUGAAUGAGAUCCUCACUGCUCUAGGCCUUCAGGAGAGUGCACAAACUCGUACACACGCUCUCUCCGGAGGUCAACGUAAACGAUUGGCUAUUGCACUGGAGCUCGUCAACAACCCCCCGGUCAUGUUCUUUGAUGAGCCAACCAGUGGUCUAGACAGUGCAUCCUGUUACCAGGUGGUUUCUCUAAUGAGGUCUCUUGCUCUGGGUGGAAGAACUAUCAUCUGCACCAUCCACCAGCCAAGUGCUAAACUCUUUGAGAUGUUUGACAAGCUGUAUAUUUUGAGUCAAGGGCAGUGCAUAUAUAAAGGCACAGUUCCAUACCUCAUCCCCUAUCUGAAGAACCUCGGACUCCACUGCCCUACUUACCACAAUCCUGCAGACUUCAUAAUCGAGGUGGCAUCAGGAGAGUAUGGUGAUUUGAAUCCUGUGCUUUUCGAGGCAGUGCAGGGUGGCAUGUGUUCAGAAGGUGGCAAGAAGAACUCUAGUGACAAGAAUGAUCCUACAUCGUCCUGCCCAACUCAGUGUAACAGCGAUUCAGGACACAUUGAAAAGCAUACUUUUGCCACCAGCACGCUCACACAGUUCUGCAUUCUUUUCAAAAGAACCUUUGUCACUAUUUGCAGAGACAUGGUGUUGACCCAUCUGAGGGUGAUGUCACACUUGUCUAUUGGAGUACUAAUCGGCCUGCUGUACCUGAACAUUGGCAAUGAUGCCAGCAAAGUGUUCAACAACACUGGAUUUCUCUUCUUCUCCAUGCUCUUUCUCAUGUUUGCUGCAUUAAUGCCCACUGUCCUCACAUUUCCUCUGGAGAUGUCAGUGUUUAUAAGGGAGCAUCUGAACUACUGGUACAGUUUAAAAGCCUACUACCUAGCCAAGACCAUGGCUGACAUCCCAUUUCAGGUUCUAUGUCCCAUAAUGUACUGUAGUAUAGUGUACUGGAUGACCGAACAGCCUCCAGAAGUGGGCCGAUACGUGCUUUUCAUGGCUCUAUCCACCUCCACUGCCCUGGUGGCUCAGUCGCUGGGCCUCCUCAUUGGAGCUGCUUCCACUUCCCUGCAGGUGGCUACAUUCGUAGGGCCAGUGACAGCCAUUCCAGUCUUGCUUUUCUCUGGCUUCUUCGUCAACUUUGACACCAUCCCAAAAUACCUACAGUGGAGCUCCUAUGUUUCCUAUGUCAGGUAUGGCUUUGAGGGUGUGAUCCUAUCCAUUUAUGGUAUGAACCGAACAGAUUUGGAGUGCCCAGGCCUUGUCUGUAAGUUCCAGAAGCCUGAGGAGGUGUUGCAGCUACUGGACGUAGAAGACGCAAAACUCUACGUGGACUUCAUAGUGUUAGGGAUUUUCUUCCUCAUUCUACGGUUGGCCACUUAUCUAGUGCUGCGAUACAAAGUCAAGUCCGAACGUUAAGGCUUGACAUCAGUUACUACACUUCUUUUAGUUUAUACUUGAUAUUAUGAUUUGGAUCACAAUUAUGUUGUGGAGGCAAACCUGUGCAAUGUCUUCAUUAACUAAACUGAAUUGAAUAUUUUUUUUGCACAUUGACAUUCCUUUUAUGAUUUUAUUUUUACUGCUUCAGUUUCUUUCAAUUAGAUAAUCAGGUGUGACAGCAGAGGGUCAGUAGUGCCAAUAGAGAACGUGGUGUUUUUUGGGUUUUUUUGCCAUGCUUAUUUAAGUUAAUGAUUUUUCCAGUUCAACUUUUUCAGAGUUCUUGUAUUAGAUCCAGUAUAAAAUGAUGACCAAACUCAUUAUUAAUAAAAAAGCAUGAAGGCUGGUGGAGCUACAGAACAGCGUCUCUACCAACUGACAAUCUCUCACUUGCCCUGUAUAUUGUGAACUCUCUUAAUGUGAACAGGCUAAAAUAUGUACAAGACAGUAUAUGAGCAAGUGCCUGUCACACAGCCAAAAAAAAAAAGCCCCAUCAACCACUAUUCUACUCAAUAUUCUUCUGUUGGCUCUGUUUAUAGAUUGUACUUUUGGGGUAACUGAGAACUUGCUGGAACUGAUUUCUUAUUACAAACACAGAGUUGUCCUGUGCUAUGACUGAAUUGCCCUUGGUCUGGAAAGUCUUAUCAGCAUACUGAUGAUCUUUGUCAUUUCAUCUAUGUUCUUCCUUGGACACAUGAAGCAGAUAUAAUCUCACCUUGAUCUACUGAAGUACAUCGAAUAAAACAAGGGAUUCUACAAUGGAUCUACAUUGGGUAGAUCUGUCAUCCAUAGAUCUGAGGCUCUAAGUCUGAUUGAGCUACCUUAGAAUUGAAAAGAUUUGUUUAUCAUGUGAACCUGUCACAUUUUUCGACUUCUGAUCUUUUAAUUCAUGAAGGACUUAUAGGGUGAUCUUAUGGGUUUUCUCUUUUCCCUUUAAGUUCAUCUGGAUGGAUUACUGGACACUGUGUAUGAUACUGUUAUAGUAUGAAAAAUCCUACUCUCUGCCUAUGCUGAACAUGAUGCUAAAGAAACGAUUGUGAAUGGGAAAUUUGGAAUACAGAGUAAAGAACUUUUCAUUAAUUUAGGAAAAAGGAAACAGGAAUUCCAGCUGAAUCAUUUUGACCUCUUAGGAGUGUCUAAUGUUAGCCUUCUUCUCUGUGGAUAGAAGAAAUGGAGGCAGUGCAUUCCUAACCUAUCCUUUAGUGUAAAUGUGUGUCCUGCUGGAGUUGGGACUCCUGAAUCAUCUCCUGGAGGUCAGAUAAACUUCUGAGUAUCAUUUCUGCCAUCAGCUCUACUGUCAGCUGACCAGACUAUGUGUGUGAUCAAAAUGCUGGAUGGACAGUCUGUGCUGCCUUAUGGCUUAUUGUAUACUGCUUGAUGGACUUUAAUGCCUAUUUAUGAGCACCUCCCUGUACACUUAAGUGUAACUGCUUACUUUAUUCAGUCUCUUCAAUACUGCAAUGCAAUGCAAACGUCUUACUUGACGAUGGACACGAUGUGGCUCUGAUUUAUGCUAUGUGUUAUGUCUGCUAAUAUACGGAAUUAUAAUAACCUGAGUAUAUAUACACGACAAAUGUAGAUGUGCAAUGCUGAUCUUUUUAUUUCAGAUUAAUUUGUAUUUAGUUUUAUUUUUAUAUGACUAUGAUGUGCAGUGCUAGAGACCGGAUGUGAAAAUGUAACGCGCAUGGUGACUUCGGAAUCAAAUACAUAUAGGAAUUCGUGUUCCUCAUGAAUUAUUUCCACACUUUAUGCUUACUUUAUACUUUUUUUCUACUAACUAGACUGUUCUGUUUUUUUUUCCUGUUGUUUGUAUAUUUGUUUUAGCCAUAUUCUAAUCAGAGUAUCCUGUCAUUUCCAUAAGUAAAUUGGAUAUCAAAAGGAGACAAACAGUAAUGAGACAGCAUCACCAUUACUGCACUGAGUUCUACUGAACUAACAUAUAUUACUUACUGUAAAGUGGUGAUUGAUCUUGUCCUGGUACAAUCUCUACAAUGCUGCUGCCUCAAACACAGCUUUAAGGAUAGAGGGCCAUUGUGCAAUAAAAGUGUGAGGGGGAAACUGGAUUCAAGGUCCUAGUGCAAAUGCAUAAUUAGGUUUGCCUUUCUUUCAUCAUAUAGUGUUGACCGAGUAUGGGCAGGUCUGAAUGAAAAUGAUGCAUUCGGAAUGGGAUCGCUCCCUAAACAGAGAUGAUAGCAACCUGGUAUCUGUAAAAUCAGUACUUACUAUUGUACAGGGGCCAGUUGACUAACAGCUUACUCUAUUCCCGAUUCUGUAGUGUUAAUGUGCAGGGCUGAACAGCCAGAAGUGGCCCCCUCAUUGGGAACGUAGUAAGAGAAUAAAGAAUACGGUGUUUAAUGUCUCUGUAGAAUAGAGAGUUGGGUAAAACCUGAUUCUAAUAGCAAUAGUAUUGUUCUGUGCCUAGUGCGUGUUAUAUCUUCUAUUCCAAUAUAUCAUGGUAUUUCCGGGUGAUUGUCUGCCAUCUCUAUAUGAUAAACAUUGUAUUUCAAGUUCUUUCACACACACACAUGUCUAAAAACAGGUUCAUAACAAGAGAUGCCUUCAUGGCAAAUCAUUUUUCAUGUAUCACAUGUCUGGACAGAUACAUUGUUAAUAACGCAUUUAUUCCUGUUCUUCACUACAGCACCAUCACAUCAGAGUCACCUUUUGUUUUGCAGACGCAGUGUGCAUGCCAUGAAAACAGUAUAAAGUGUCUUUAAAAAAAAGCUCUUCAGUCAGAAAAAGAUAUGCUGCUGACCACUGCAAUAUUGGGAAAAAAAAAAAGAAUUGUAUUUUGAUUUUGUAGGCAAGAGCCAUACUGGUUUGGGUUGGCUUGCACAGCUGAUUGUGAAAACAGCAUGCACAGAAAAGAUGAUUUCUCACAUUUGUUUCCCAGUCUUCUAUCUUUGUUUUUUUUCUGUUAUGUUUGUCUCAUCAGAAAUGCAAGUUAUAUAUACUGGACUCUGUUCAAAUUAU